AUUGUCGUUCAACCGAAUGAUGGCAUCUGGGGAUUUCUGCUUACCGGGAGAGGGGAUGGAAGUACUCCAACAAGUAUGUAGCAAACAGCUUCCUCCUUGUAACCUGAGUGAAGAGGAUCUGUUACAGAACCCAUACUUCAGCAAACUGCUGCUGGGUCUCUCACAACACAUGGAUGAGAGUGGCUUAAGCCUUACCCUGGCAAAGGAGCAGGCUCAGGCAUGGAAGGAAGUUCGACUGCAUAAGACAACAUGGCUGAGGUCUGAGAUUUUACAGAGAGUCAUUCAAGAGCUGCUUGUGGACUAUUAUGUGAAGACACAAGACACAAAUUUAACUUCUGAGGACAAGAAGUUUCAUGAGACACUUGAACAGCGGCUACUCGUGACUGAACUGACACGACUAUUAGGUGCCAGCCAGGAGAGGGAAAUGCCUCCACUGCUGGGGCUGGAGAAGACGGAUCUUCUGGAACUCAUGCCCCCCUCAGAGGAUUUUAUGUGGAUGAGAUCUCGACUCCCACUGGAAGUGGAGGAACAGCUCAAGAAGAAAUGUUUCACCCUGCUCUGCUAUCAUGACCCCAAUUCAGAUUCAGACAGUGAAACCUUGAAGGCAGCAAAGGUGUGGAAACUGGCAGAGGUCCUGGUGAGUGAGAAGCAGCAAUGCCAGGAUGCCAAGAGCCAGCAGAAGGAACAGAUGGUGUUGCUUGAGAAGAAGAGUGCCACCUACUCCCAGGUGCUUUUGCGCUGCCUUGCCUUGCUGCAAAGGCUUCUUCAGGAGCACCGGCUUAAGACCCAGUCUGAGCUGGACCGUAUCAAUGCCCAGUACCUGGAGAUCAAGUGCAGUGCCAUGAUCCUUAAGCUGAGGAUGGAGGAGCUAAAGAUCUUGUCUGACACUUACACUGCUGAGAAAGUAGAAGUUCAUCGUCUCAUCAGAGCAUGGCUUGUCUCCUUUUUGGUGUGGCGGCGAGAGCGGAGAUGCGCUAGGAAGGCCCGGCACGCUGCGCUGCGAGAGUGCAAGGGGGUAGGGCGCUGUCUGCCCACCCCUAAAUGUCGCACUCCGCCCCUGUAUCGGAUGCGAAUCUUUGCCCCUAAUCAUGUUGUCGCCAAGUCCCGCUUCUGGUACUUUGUGUCUCAACUGAAGAAGAUGAAGAAGUCUUCUGGAGAAAUUGUCUACUGUGGACAGGUGUUCGAGAAAUCUCCCUUGCGGGUGAAGAACUUCGGCCUCUGGCUGCGCUAUGAUUCCCGCAGUGGCACCCACAAUAUGUGCCGGGCAUACCGGGAUCUGACCACCGCAGGUGCCGUCACCCAGUGCUAUCAGAAGGUGGAGGAGAUUGCAGCCAGCAAGUGCCGCCGGCCAGCGGUCAAGCAGUUCCACGACUCCAAGAUCAAGUUCCCACUGCCCCAUCGGGUCUUGCGGCGUCAGCACAAGCCACGCUUCACCACCAAGAGGCCCAACACCUUCUUUUAGAGGCAGAGCCUGCCGGUGCCCAAGUCUGCUCAAAUAAACUCCUCGGGUAAAACAACAACAACAAAAAAAGAACAUGGCUUGUCGCUUCAUUUUUUUCCCUGUCUUUCAUUGUAUCUCUUGGCAAAACUUUUGUAAUUUUUUUAUAGGUUCCGCACAUUUCUAAGGUUCCAGCUAAGUAUUUUAUGCAACGUUAUUAUUACCAUUUUGAAUGGGGAAAAGACUAAUCACAGUAUUGAAGGCUUAUUAUGUGCAGGGUAGGUUCUCAAUGCUUUACUAUUUUAACUAAUUUAAACUUAACUAAUCCUCUUAACAGCUUUAUGAGAUAAGAACUACUAUUUACAUUCCCAUUUUAUGGAUGAGGAAUAUGAGGCCAGAGAGGUUAUGUUUAUGUAGUUAAUAAAUGGAUGAGCAGAACUUUAACCUCUUUCCAUCUGGCUCCACAGUCCAUAAUCUUUUUUUAAAAUUAUUAUUAUUUUUUAAGAUUUUUAUUUAUUUAUUUGACAGAGAGAGAGAAAGCACAGGUAGGGAGAGUGACAGGCAGAGGGAGAGGCAGAAGCGGGUUCCCCUCAGAGGAGAGCGCCCAAUGCAGGCCUCCAUGUGGGGUUUUAUCCCAGGACCCUGGGGUCAUGACCUGAGUUGAAGGCAGAUACUUAACUGACUGAGCCACGCAGGCACCUCAUAGUCCGUGAUCUUAGUUAUCAUGUUAUUGGGAUAUUUUUACUAUUUAUUUCUUCUGUCUGGUUAUUCUCAGCAUUUAAAAGGCUACAGAUUUGUACUAUAUUUGUGUUGUCCCAAGUGACUUUUCUGAAUUCCAUUAUUUAUUCUCAUCAUUUUAAAAUUGAUUUUCAUGGAUUCUCUAUGUAUACAAUUAUAUCAUCUGCAAACAGUGAGUUAAUUUGUCUCUCUUGCCAAAAGUUACAACCCCUUUUUAAGAUUUCCAGCCUAUUGUAUUUGAUUUUUCAGAAUAAUAUUAUAUAACACAGUGAUGAGACUAGACAUACUUGUUUUUUUUUUUUUGACAUACUUGUUUUUACAUAAAUUGUUGAUAUGUACAUGUGUUUAUAUAUGAAGAAUAUUAAUACUAUUAAGAGUGUAGGUUUUUUUUAAAGAUUUUAUUUAUUUAUUCAUGAGAGACAGAGACAUAGGCAGAAGGAGAAGCAGGCUCUCUGCAGGAAGCCCCACAUGGGACUCGAUCCCUAGGCCCCAGGAUCACACUCUGAGCCAAAGGCAGAUGCUCAACGGCUCAACUGCUGAGCCACUGAGCCGCCCAGGAAUCCCUACUAGGAGUGUUUACAGCAAAUAGAAUUGACUUGCCAUGUUCUCUUUGGUGACUGUUAAAAAUGAUGAAAUGUUUUUCAUUGUUUGAUUUAUUUUCGACCUUUUAUGUAAGUAAAUUUCCUAAUACCUAAUCUUGUCUUAAGUCCCAAGAUUAAACCCUAAUUGGUUUCAGUAUGUAAUUAUUAUAUUAGUAUACUGCUGGCUUUUACGUGUUAAUCUUUAAAUAUUUUAGGAUUUUUACAUUUAUAUUUGUGAGAUUGGUCUGUAGGGUUUUUUUUGGGGGA